GCAAAUCCUCCAAUCGGAGCUUCCACCUUAGAAGAAACUCUAAGGACCGUAGCUUGCUGAAUCUUUCUGGAAGUAGCUUGCAAAGAAAUGAGUUGUCACAGAGAUAUUAACCUGAGCACAGUAAAUUAACUUUCUACAUAAAUCAUACCUACUCAAAUUUCCUCAAAAAGAAGAAAUAAUUCUUGUGUGUGUUUUCAACUAUGUCUAAAAGUAUUCAGAUUAAUGCCAUGUGGAGUAAACUCUCCCACACCCUAGAAAACCACAAAAACACCUGCAAAGAAUUGGCCAUCAUCAAUCAUAGACUAGUGAAGCAAAUCCAGUACUAUGAUACAAAAGCAACUCACUUGGCCAUGUUUUAUGUCAUUUUCCUGCUCAUCAUUUUCCUGUCAAAUUCAAAACCCUCACCCGUCCAAUGUAAAAACUGGUGGAAGCCUUUCUCCCUUUCCAUUUUGGUUGCAGUUACAUUUGGUGCCAACUUCAUAUCAACCAUACUUAAAUGCAUCCACAUAAAGAAUGCUCUAGACAUGAACUGGAUCGACCAAGGGCUGAGCAUUCAAAAGAUGGCUCACCUAGAGCGAACAGCAAAAAACGAAGCAGAAUUCAUGGACCAUCAAAGGAGCUGCAACCCCGUUGUCAAAGUUGAACCACACUCCACAAGUUCAGAUGCAGACUCUUCAGACCAGAAAGAGAACUAUGUUCAAUUGCCCCAUGUUAAAAGUCAUGUUGCUUACUCAUAUACUGAUACAGAUGAGGAAAGUUCAGCCAGUGCGAUUGUGGAUUUGCCAAGAACAUACUCAACCCUGCAGCAACAAAACGUGGAUAGCAUUACUGUCUUUCAACAGUAUGCAAAAGCUGGAACAACUGUUUCCUUCUUGCUAGCCUACACAGUUCUGGUACUGUACGGAUGCCGCUCUUCUGUUUGUGAUGGUAACGCAUAGUUGGAAACACAAGUGAACUGAUUUACAGAAAAGGAUGAUUACCAGAUCAAAGGUUUUUACCUUGCCUAUCAUCUGAAGAGUUGUCAGUGGGUGCACUAUUCUCAAUAUGAACAAAUGCUUGCAUAGUUUUAGAUUCAUCUGAAGAGUUGUCAGUGGGUGCACUAUUCUUAAUAUGAACAAAUGCUUGCAUAGUUUUAGAUUCCUUAAGUUUUAAUAUUUUGUGUGCACUAGAUCUAAUAGCUUGUACAAACACUUGAAAGUUUGGGAUGCAUUUCAGAACACAGACAUAAAUGUAAAUUAUUGUUGGCUCUUGCUCAGCAAGAUUGUCAGUAUUUUGAUGAUCUCGGGAUUUUUGCAGAUAUGUAACAUGAGAUAAACUAUGCUUCAACAAGCAGUCAAAUUUGAUCAACAGAUGGAGAUUUUCCAACACAGAGUCAGAAUAGAUAGAAAUGAUAGAUCAAGUAUACAAAG